CUUUAGGACCGCGCGGACAAGUAAAACGAGGGAGAGUCGUGACGUAGCAGUGAAGCUGCACGCGGAUCCCAGUGUAGGACAUGGCUCAGACAGCGGGAUUUGGACGGAAAUAUGUGAAAGCGUUUGUGAGCGGGUUCUUUGUAGCCGUUCCCGUCACAGUGACCGUGUUGGAUCGGCUCGCCUACGUGGCGCGGGUGGAAGGAGCAUCCAUGCAGCCCUCUCUGAACCCUCAGGGAUCCUUGUCGUCUGACGUCGUUCUUCUGAACCGAUGGAGUGUGAGGAACUAUGAGGUGCAGCGUGGGGAUAUCGUAUCAGUCGUGUCUCCCAAGAACCCAAAACAGAAAAUUAUCAAGCGAGUCAUUGCUCUCGAGGGAGACUUCAUCAAGACUCUGGGAUAUAAAAACCGUUACGUGAGAGUUCCAGAUGGACAUCUGUGGAUCGAGGGCGACCAUCAAGGACACAGCUUUGACAGCAACACCUUUGGACCGGUUUCACUCGGACUCCUCCAUGGCAGAGCAUCUCACAUCAUAUGGCCUCCAAAUCGCUGGCAGAGGAUCAGACCAUGUGUCCCACAUGACCGCAGACCACUGUUCAAUGGGAAGGAUCACUGUUCAACAGAAGAUGACGAUGAUGAUGAUGAUGAUGAUUAUGUUGACAAUACAAAAUGACCUCUUAAAGGGGAGUUACACAGUUUCUCGGUUUCUCACAGUUAUACAGACUCUUACAUGCAGGACAGAUUGUGUGAUGGUUGAAAAUGUUUGAGUUGGCGAUGUAUGCUAGUAUGUGUGUUUUUUUAGAGGUAGGAUGAGGAGGUAAAUAAAUUUGAUAGAUACUGUAAUAUUUCCUGAUGCUUGAUUUUUUUUUCAAUCACCAGUCUUUGACUGGUUUGAUCAUGCAAGCUAAUUUAUCAAUUAGGAAACGUACCGUACACAUACAGAUCAGCUGCUGCUGAAGAAAGCGUGAUACUGUGAGGCUGUUUACAUUCACAGUGACAAUUUGGCAGACGCUGUUAUCCAGAGCGACUUAGACGUGCUCUGAAGUCUCUAUCAAUAAAUACAUCUUCAUCCUGGUUUACUGGGUCAGGCAUUAAGACUACUAUUUUUAAGCUCAGUGAAUCUUGAGACUUAUUCUCAAAAUAAAAAUACAGCAUGUGAUAUUUAUUAGUACCUGUUUAUCCACCGAUCCAUAUUUAAUCAUUACUCUGAGGUCGAGUAUCUCAUGACUUUUAAGCCACUGCAUAUUUGAGGAAAAAGGUUGUCAUGUGCAUAAAAGCUUUAGACGCGUAACAGAGGCAGCAGUCAGUUUGCCUAUUGAUUGUGUGCUGCCUGUGACAGAUCCAUCCUUAAAAGGCACAGCAAUGAAUUUAGCCUGCACUAAAGCUCGGCUCUUUAGGGAGCUCAAUCACUGUAGCUCUAAACUCAAUAGGUUUUAAUGCGAGUGGCCGCAGGUCAAUACAGAUCUGCACGCUGGCCUGUGAUUAGUUCUGUGGAUGGCAAACAUAAAUCGGCACUGAUCUCAGGAUAUGUGAGAACAAAGAAAAACAGGAUCUUAUGUUCCUGAAGGAUAUGAACUGAGGGUUUUUUUUUUCCAAUGUGUUUUUUGUUUGUGUCUUGGAAUAUUUUAAUAUUUUUUUUCUACGCAGAGGAUAACCCUAUCAAAGCAGCUUAUUAGUAUACUGAAACAGCUCUUCACUGGGGAAACAAUCUCUUAUUGAACACGACAAGCACAUUACCUCCAGUGCAAGAGAAAUUGAAUCCCAAAUUGAAUUUACCUAAAAGCUAGUGGCAGAGGUGCAUGCAUGUGGGUGUGUGUCAGUGUCUCUCGCAUGGAGCUGUUUGUCCACAGGGAUGGACAGUCGGUAGCUCAGUUAUGAGCUACAGGGUAUCAGAGCCAAGUGAUUUCAGCAUGAUUUAGAUGGUCACACAGGAUUUCAACCACACCAAGCAGACAGAGGUUAUUCCUUGUAUCCAGCGUACAGUAUGUGUUGAGUAAAUGUAUCUUGUUUAUUUGCUUUUUUAUAACAUCCCCUAAUCAUAUUUUUGGGGUAAUAUAUAACUAACUGAAUACUAACUAAUCCACUGACUGAAUGUGAUUCACUAUGAUUGACUGAAUUGCUGACAGACUACCUCACUAACUUACACACUGAUUCACUGUGACUGAUUCACUUACUGAAUCACACAUUAGCUCACUGUUUCAUCAUGACUGACUGGCAAGCAUACUGAAUCACACACUGACUUCAAUUUACUGAUUUAGUGAUUGACUUAUACAAUGACUCACUGUAAUUGAUUCACAAUUGACACACUGACUCACACAUUAAUUCUCUGAUUUACUGAACAACAAACUUUCUGACUCUCACACUGACCCAAUAUGACUGAUUUACCUACUGACAUGCUAUUAACUAACUUGUUAUUCACUAUCUAACCUUCUAGCACAAUGAUUCACUGACACACAUUGACUCAUUUACUCACUGACUCACUAGCCCAUUGGGACAGAUUCGCUCACACUGUUGACUCAGUUACUGAAUUACUGACUGAUUCAUUGAGACUAACUCACUGUGGCUAAUAUACUCAGCGAUUAACACACUGACUCACUGUGAAGGACUUACUGACUGAUUCACCAGGACCAACUCACUAUGACUGAUUCACUGAUCAACAGACUGACUCACUGUGAUGGAAUCACUGAAUAACACACUGUGACUGAUUCACUAACACAGUUGAUUCAUUGUUACUGAAUUACUGAAUGAUUCACCAGGACAGACUCACUAUGACUGAUUCACUGACUCACGGCCAUCCUUGAGUAUAAUGUGAAACCGUCUCGUUAAUGGGUUAUUAAAUCUCCACAUUCUCUUUCCUUCAUGCAACAUAGUGAUAAAUCGACAUGUAUAAAUAUAUUUUUGGGGUUGUUGUUAGCUGUUAACACACGAUUGACUAAAGUGAACAACUGAAUAAAACUGUGUGCUAUCUGGUCUGUGGUGACCUGAGAUGGGGGUUGUGUACAGUGCUGUUAUUUACACCUAAAGGAUUUGACCUAAAAAAUUAUUAGCAAUGAUUAGCUUAAUAAAACUAAUUUGUUUAAUCCAAAAAAACAAGAGUAAAAUUUACAUAAACCUCAUUAAGCCUAAUUUACUUCCUCUUUAUCUAUAUUAAUGUCAUUACCAUGGCACAAGCACACAGUAUCAGUAACCUAAUUAAUGCUGGUGUUUAUUUCAUUCAUUUGCUUUAAUUCAUUCAUCUACAGUAACCAAAUUAUCCAGAGCCUAAUCAGGAAGCACUAGGUGUGAGGCAGGAAUGCAGUUCUGAUGAGACACUAGUCAUUUGCAGCACAAACUAAUCCACACCUAGUUCCAGUUGCAGUCAAGCUACCAGCCUGUUUUUGAUUGACAGGAGGAAACCAAAGAACCUGGAGGAAACUGACAGAUACAGGGAGAGCAUGUGAAGCUUCACACAGAAAAAAACCCAAGCCCAACCUGGGACCCCUGAAACUGUAAUAUGUAUAGCUAUGGUAAGUAGAACUGUAGUAAAUAAGUCAUAAUGUCAUGUCUGAUGUAUCCAGUGCAGAUUUAAUUAUCUAUUUCAGCGUAGUCUUUUCUGGUGAAUGAUUUCUAACCUUUGUUGGUUUGUCUUUGGUCACGUAGGAAGUUAAACACACUCAUGCUGUUUGUCCUCAGCGCUGGGCUUAUUCCAGCCUGUGCUGAAGUGUGUGGUACUGCAGGAAGAACCAAUUAAAACUCAAUUUCAGAGCUCAAACUCCAGGGGCAGACGCAGGCAGCCGUGAGCAUUCACUUGAUAAGCUGUGUGUAGAAAAGUUGCUUGUUUGCUAUUGCUACCUUCCUUUUGUACAGUGAUCGCCGCAAGCCCUUAAUAACACAGGAGAUACAACUGGAUAUUUGCAAAGGAUAAUAAGCAAGUUCAGCAAAUCACCACUUUGUGUGUGUGUGUGUGUGUGUGUGUGUGUGUGUGUGGAUAUGUAAGAGGCUAUAAUAUCUCAGUGGGGACAAAAUGUCCUGGCAAAUGUACAUAUGUGCCAUCUUCUCUACCUCCACCGUCUUUUCUACCUCCUUCUCUACUCUUGUUGUUGAUCAUAUAUUGUGAAAUAGUUUUUAAUUUAGUACCAAAUAAGCUGCAUGAUGAAAGUAGUAUGAGUAAGUAUGUGGUAAACAUCUGUGUGCUGGGGAUUUUAAGAUUCUCCCAGCAGCCUUUUGUUCCAAAGUGAAUGAAAAACACUUUCUUCUGAAGUCCACUGUUGAAGGAAGUGAGAGACACUUUGGGAAACUUACACAUGCACAUAAAAAAUAAUGGAUAUUUUUUUAUCCAAACACCUUUUUCCUUUUACACAGCACCAAAUAUAAACUGUUCAUUAGCGUCAGCAAACAUGCAAGUAGCUGUGACCUACAAAAGUCCUAAAGUGAAUCUGAAUGGAUAUAUGGCCCUUAAACACAGGGAUUUUCAGUGUGCAGAGCUUUGCCAUCGCUACUAAACACACCACAGCUGUGGUUUUCUCUUCCAUCAUAGAAAAGUUUCCUACACUUGAGUGUUAAUGUAAAAUCACACUGCCCUCUGGAGGCCAAACUAUGAAAUUGACAUUUGAUUGGUUGGUUGAAUUUGUCCCUGUAAAACACUUUAUAGACCAACAGCUAUUAGUCUUGGUACACUAAUCUGAUUGGACAAGCAAUGUUCCAAGUGUGAUAUUUACUAUAACUGCUUUUUACUGGGAUGUAAAGCAAGCAAAUAUUCCACAGCCAACAAACCUGACCUUUGUAAUCAAGUGAGAGAUGUUGUGUUUAAAUUCAUUUUCAGGUUUUGUAGGAAGACCUAAAUCCAAAAAAGAAAAUUUACUCAGGCUCUGUACAUACACAAAGCUUUGCUUGAAGAACCUGCUAUUUAUUCAGACUCAUUCAAACUGAUUCAUUUGUUUCUUCAUUCUACAUUGGAUUAUACAAGGAAGGAAAUGAAAAUUUAAGACUAUUUAAGACUAUGGCCUUAAACAGAAAAUCAGUGGAACUUCCCAGCUUUGAAUUAUGAAACCACUGGAUAUAUGGAUACACAUUAGGGGUUUAUAAGUAAAAAAAAACAAAA